AGACACCUAUGCCACCUGCAAACCAACAACGUCCACCACCUCCCCUUCAUUUCCAUUUCCAACAGGGCUCUCCGGCAGCACCAGUACCACCAAAUGUAGUUCAGCAGGCUAUAUAUGCAGUCCCACCUCCGAUAGUGGGAUGCCAAAUACAGGGCAAUCUUAUGGACACCCCACUCCACCAGUCCAUGGAAGCACAUGGCAUAACAUGCAACAUUCUUCAACAGCAGGAAACUGGAAUUUCCAACGGAUUCAUCCACCAGCACUUGUGACUCCGCAUGCUCCUCCCUACCCAUACAUGUCAAAGGCUGCAGUACCACAUGGAGCAUUACCCCCUUCAAAUAAUACUACUUCUGGUUAUGCUGCACAAGGACCAACAUGGUGUAGAGCUUUGUAUCCAGCACAACCACAGGCUGGUCUUCAGCAUAAUCCACCACCCCCUCCCGCCUCUAUUAUUGUCAAUCCCACUUCAUUUGGAACUUCUGGACAUUUAACAGCCGGCGCUUCUCAAAUGGCUUCCUUGGCUCUCCUACCAGCAGCAAAUCCUCAAUCACCCUUUGCGCCAUUGCCCACCGCUCCUUCACCUUCAACUUCAUUGCCAAAGCUUGAUGCUUUCAGUUUUCCUAGUCAUCCCCACAUUGAUCAUAGGUCUAAUAAACUUCUGUUGACUGAAAUGAGGCCUCUAAAUGCUUCUGACAUGGAGAUUGAAGAUCCUCUUAUAAGAAUUUUCAGUGCCGAUCGUGGUCUCUUAAUUGAAAUAACAAAUUCAAAGUGUCCUCAAUCACAUGAGGAGCUGAGUCUUUCACAAAAUAAGAAGAUGAAGAAGAAGAAGAAGAAGAAGAAGAAGAAGAAAGGGUGUACAACCUCUGAGACGAAUGAUACAAGUAGUGAAAUUCCCUCCCUACAGCCUCAACUUGUAAGACUCUCAGAUCAACAAGCACCGCAACCACUUAGAGAGAAAAUUACUACAACAACAGAAAUAUGUUGCCAGUCACAUGUGGAGCUGAGUCUUUCACAAAGUAGUAAGAAGAAGAAGAAGAAGAAAAGGUGUAAAACCCCCGAGACAAAUAUUAAAAGUUGUGAAAGUCCCUCUAUACAGCCUCAACUUGUACAGGUGACAGAUCAAGAGGUAGAAAUGCCUCAGGAUUUGAGUUUCUCAGCGAAAAACAAGAAAAGCUGUAAACUCCUUGACUGUAGUACUGAAGUGUGCGACGUUUCUGUUGGUACUUCUGUUCUGGAAAGCAAUAUGCCAGCAGUUGUUCCAUAUAUACAGCCUUCUAUGGAGCAGCUUGUUGUGCAGCCACUUGUGGAGGGAAUGAGUACAACAACAAACUCAAAAAGCCCCAAACCUAAUGCAGAUUUUGGCUGCUUACAAGAAACAAGGAAAAAGAAGCAGAAGAGAAGCCACAAAACCAAUGAGAAUAAAGAGCUACCAGUGGAAACAAUGAUGCCAGAAGCAGAUCCAUCUUUUCAGCCUUCUUUUGCAAUGUUCUCUGAACAAGAAUUAGAGAUGUCACAACCACUUAAUGUUGAUGCAGGACCACUUGUGGAGGGAAUGAGCAGAACAUUAAACCCAGAAAAGCCCAGGUUGAAUGCAGAUUUUAACUGCUCACAAGAAACAAAGAAGAAAAAGCCAAAGAGAGAAAUAUUAAUGGAACCAAUGAUGCAAGAAGCAGAAUCAUCUCUUCAGCCUUCUCUUACAAUUUCUCUGAACAAGUACUAGAGGGAAUGAGCACAACAAUAAACUUGGAAAGUAGUCCCAAGCCCAAUGUAGAUAUUAGCUGCUCACAAGAGACGAGGAAAAAAAAAUCCAAAGAGAAAGCGCAAUUCUUGUGAAAAUAUAGAGCUAUUAGUGGAAAUAAUGACGCCAGAAGCAGAUCUAUCUCGUCAGCCUCUUCUUGCAAUAUUCUCUGAACAAGAGGUAGAGGUGACACAUCCACUUGAUACUAGUACAGAGUGGAAAGAUACCAAGUUUGAUGAAGUUCCUUCCUCGUCACAUUUGGCUCCAAAAGCUGAUACUGAAGUAGUUGCUAUCAGUAGAGAGGGCAGUCUUUUGCAGAUGGCCCAAUCUUCACCUGAAAAAUCUAUUCUUAAGUGUUCUCAGAAAAAGCUUCUCAUUCUUGAUAUUAAUGGGCUACUUGCUGAUAUUGUUCAGAUGGAAGAUUCUAACCGCAGUAGUUUUAAACCAGACAAAGUUAUAUCAUGGAAAGCAGGUGAUAAUGUAUUUAAAUAUCUAUAGAGAUGUAUUCUCUUAAAGUGGUAUGGAGCCUCCUCUCUCUUCUUUUCACAGUUUUUAAGAGGCCAUUUUGCGAUGAUUUUAUACAGUUCUGCUUUGACAGAUUUGAUGUGGGUGUGUGGUCUUCAAGAAUCAAGUAAGCUUCAUUCUUGGACACAUGUACCUUUUCCGGUUUCUUGCUUGUUGGUAUAUAAUCUUUUACGCUUGUUUUCAGGAAAAAUGUGGACUUGCUGAUAGAUUUUAUUUUGGGGGAUUCCAAACACAAAUUAUGAUUCAUAAAGUAACUCAUCCACUUCAUCUUUCUCAAUUAUAUGGGAUUAUCCUUAAUUGUGUUAAACUUUUAGACAAAGUGAAUAGACUAUUGUGUUAUCAUCUGCACAAGAGUGAAAAAAUGUGAUGCAAUUAUAUGAAUAAUUUGGUACUA